AGGAUACCAUGAGUAUCCAGAUACACCUACAAAAAUAAAAUUCAAUCUUGACGUUGGAAAAGUCAUCGUUUUGGCGAACGAUGGAGCCAUGAUACUUAAAAAAAACAGUCAAGAACCAGAACAUUGUUAGGUAUACCUGCUUUAGAAUUUGGGUGUCCGUCUCGUGGCUAAUAGUAACGAUUUGCAGAUGAAUGUGUAUUAAAUAUUUCACAGGACACAUUUCAAAAUUUAAAAAGUAAAAACCCGUAAAUUAGGUACCUACCUAUCUAAUGCCAGAUUUCUCAAUAUAAUAUUUAUCACCGCUAUGAAAUUAACUAAUUAUGUAUUUUCUAUAGGCAGUUUUUGGAGGAGAAAAAUGUAAGAUAUACAAAAUAAUGAUACAUACAUUACAAUAUACCUACCUACAUAUUAUAUAAAACAAUUUAAAAAUUUUCAAUAUGAGAAUUCCCAAACCUUUCAAUCCAAGACUUCAGGGACAAUUAAUAAAGAGAUUUGGGGUUUAUGAAAAAGUGGUACCAGUGCAAACAACACCAAGUAGGAUUGUACCAGAUCACAUUGAAAAGCCUUAUUAUGUGACCGGACAAGAGUUUACUGUCCCAAAAGUACCUGAAAUCAAAGAUGUUAAUCAAAUAAGAGGGAUGAAAAGGAGUUGCAAAUUAGCCUCUAAUAUAUUAGGCCAAGUACAACAUCUAGUGAAGCCAGGUAUUUCAACCGAUGACAUAGACAAGCUGGUGCACAAUUUAACCAUUGAAGCCGGAGCGUAUCCUUCACCAUUACAUUAUCAUGGCUUCCCAAAGAGUGUAUGCACUUCUGUAAACAAUGUGGCUGUGCAUGGUAUACCAGAUCUAAGGCUCUUGCAAGAUGGUGAUAUAGUUAAUGUGGAUAUAACAGUGUUUUACAAAGGAUUUCAUGGUGACUGCUCCAAAACUUUCCUCAUUGGAUCUGUUGACGACAGAGGUUUGGAGUUAGUGGGUGUUACAGAAGAAUGCUUAGAAAUUGCUAUAAGGUCAUGUGCUCCCAAUGUGCCAUUUAGUGAAAUUGGGUCCCAAAUAUAUAGACAUGCUAAGAAAUGCGGGCUCACUGUAUUGCCAGCCUUUUUGGGUCAUGGUAUUGGCCGGUACUUCCAUGGUCCUCCAAAUAUUUAUCACAUUAUAAACGACUACCCUGGAUAUAUGCAGUCUGGUAUGACGUUUACCAUUGAGCCGGUGUUGUCACAUGGCCAUGAGAACACUGUAAUAUUAGAAGACGGGUGGACGGUUGUCACCGACGAUGGCUCGAGAGCGGCGCAAGCAGAACACACUGUCCUCAUCACAGAAAACGGUGCCGAAAUCCUUACUAAAUAACUGGAUCUUUAUGAAAUCAGCGGUUUAUCUUCACAUAGAACUUCUAAAGGUUGUUAAACACGUAUAAAUAAUUAAGAGGUAUUUAUUUCAGAAAUUUCUACAUAUUUUGUUAUUUAUUUUUAAGUUGUUAACGAAAUUGUUGAUAGAUAUAUUCGUGUAAACAUCAAUUAAGCAAAUUGGCUGUUUAACGUAUCGAUUGACUUUGUAGAUGUAACAACUUUAAAACUUACCUAUAUACCUAUUUAGGUUAUUAAAGAUUAGUAUUUACUAAUCUUUGUAUAAAUCACGUAAAUCGAUUAUAAUGUACUAAAAUCACAGUAUAAAUAACAGUAAGGCCACUCAUACCGCUGAGAUCUACCUCUCACAUUCUGUUACUCGGCGGAAUAGGGAAGAGUAUGCGCGUAUACGUUCUCGAACGUAACGUAAAACCAAAAGCUUUGCAUAUAGGUAGGUAGGUAACUUAUGUCGGCGUGAUUUUGUCGGGAGUGUCUGACGAUAAUACGUACACAGUAGUUUGUAGUGUUGUUGGUGUUUUAUUAGUUGGAAGUAUUUAUUGCAUGUCAUGUUACUAGUACCUAAAUAUCUGUUAUAUAAUGCAACUUUAAGACACAGGCGAAAAUCCUAUGCAACCCCUUGUACAUUGGAAUUUUAAUUUUCUGGAUAUUAUAAAAUAAGCAAUAUAUGCGAUUAUUUAUUUGUUAAGGAAAAAUAAAACCAAAGAUUUUG